AUGUCUUCUGCAAACCGUGGAACGGCAAAUCGGAAUCGACGCAAGCGUUCCAGAGAACCCGAGGACGAUAUCCCUUCUGGUCUUGGUGUAUCAAGCCCAGCUGGCGACAUUCGAUCCUCUCCUCCUGCCUAUCCAAUUCAGCAUGGCGGUGAUGACGACGAUGAUAUUAUAGAAGAUGAUGCUGAGAUUGCUCUUGAUAUUGACGAUGCCGACGAAAUGGCAGAAGACGAGGAUGGGAUCGACCUAUUCGGCAAUAACUUCGAACGUGACUACCAGGCCCGUGACGAUGACCGAUACUCCGAGAGGGAUAUCGAUGAUGAAGGCGAAUAUGAGGCGCUUGAUCUUGCGACUAGAAGAGGGCUUGAAUCCCGCUUGAAUAAACGCGAUCGUGAACUGGCUCGUCAACGACGCAUGGGAGCAAAUGCUUUCCUCAACGACGACGAUGAAGGAGACCUAGCCCAACUCACAACUGGACGACACAGACCCAAGCGUCACCAUUAUGACGAGGAUGAAGAGGAUGAUGUGAUGGAAGAUAUCAUGGAAGAAGAACUCUCUCUUGAGACGUUGCAAGAUGUAAAAGCAUCCAGCUUGGUCGAAUGGGUUUCUCAACACGCCGUCCAGAGAACCAUCAAACGCGAGUUUAAAGCUUUCUUGACCGAAUAUACCGACGAGCAUGGUGACUCGGUAUACGGAAAUCGUAUUAAGUCCCUCGGUAUGAUGAACGCGGAAUCCCUAGAGGUUUCAUACGAUCACCUCUCGUCUUCUAAGGCUAUCUUGGCCUACUUCUUAGCAAAUGCUCCUGGAGAGAUGCUCAAACUGUUCGACGAGGUUGCGAUGGAUGUCACCCUACUCCAUUACCCUGAAUAUGAGCGAAUCCACUCAGAGAUCCACGUCCGUAUUUCAGACUUGCCAGUUCACUACACCCUUCGCCAAUUGCGUCAAACCCAUUUGAACUGCUUAGUGCGUGUCAGUGGAGUUGUCACCCGACGAAGUGGGGUUUUCCCUCAGUUGAAGUAUGUGAUGUUUGAUUGCGCCAAAUGCAAUACCAGGCUUGGACCCUUCCAGCAGGAGUCUAAUGUGGAGGUUAAGAUCUCCUAUUGCCAGAACUGCCAGUCUCGUGGACCGUUCAAUCUCAACUCCGAAAAAACAGUCUACCGGAACUACCAAAAGCUCACUCUUCAGGAAUCUCCGGGCACAGUCCCUGCUGGUCGUCUCCCGCGUCACCGCGAGGUCAUUCUCCUAUGGGAUUUGAUUGACAAAGCAAAGCCAGGAGAGGAAAUUGAGGUCACAGGAGUCUACCGCAACAACUAUGACGCUCAACUCAACAAUCGAAAUGGUUUCCCGGUAUUUGCCACAAUACUCGAGGCCAAUAACGUCGUCAAAUCUCAUGAUCAGCUCGCAGGUUUCAGGCUGACCGAGGCCGAUGAGCAUCAGAUUCGAGCUCUCUCCAAGGACCCUCAAAUUGUUGACAAGAUCAUUCAAUCAAUUGCCCCUAGCAUUUACGGCCAUACUGAUAUCAAGACUGCCGUUGCUCUGUCGUUGUUUGGCGGUGUUGCCAAGGAGAGGAAGGGCAAGCUUCAUAUCCGUGGGGAUAUUAAUGUGCUUCUUCUUGGUGACCCCGGGACAGCAAAAUCGCAGGUUCUCAAAUAUGUUGAGAAAACCGCACAUCGUGCAGUCUUUGCUACUGGUCAAGGAGCCAGUGCUGUUGGUUUGACAGCUAGUGUCCGGAAAGAUCCUCUGACAAGCGAGUGGACUCUGGAAGGCGGCGCAUUGGUUCUUGCAGAUAGGGGUACUUGCCUGAUCGACGAGUUUGACAAGAUGAAUGACCAGGAUCGUACCUCCAUUCAUGAAGCCAUGGAGCAACAGACAAUUUCUAUUUCUAAGGCUGGAAUUGUCACCACCUUGCAAGCUCGUUGUGGUAUCAUCGCAGCAGCUAACCCAAUCGGCGGUCGCUACAAUUCGACAAUUCCUUUCUCCCAAAAUGUCGAGCUUACGGAGCCAAUUCUGUCACGUUUCGAUAUUCUUUGUGUUGUCCGCGAUACUGUUGAUCCAGCUGAAGAUGAAAGGCUUGCGAGAUUCGUCGUCAGUUCCCAUGGAAAAUCACAUCCGGGAACUCUUGAAGGAGGUCAAGACUCGAUGGAGGUUGAAGAAGAUACGCGGGAAGAGCAGGCAGAAGGCCAAAUCCCACAGGAAUUACUCCGAAAGUACAUCCUCUAUGCGAGAGAGAGAUGCGAGCCCAAACUUUACAACAUCGACGAGGAGAAGGUUUCGAAACUCUUCGCUGAUAUGAGGAGAGAGUCACUAGCUACUGGUGCCUACCCCAUUACCAUCCGUCAUCUAGAAGCCAUAAUGCGAAUCAGUGAAGGAUUCUGCCGCAUGCGUCUCUCAGAUUACGUUUCAUCUCAGGACGUCGAUCGAGCUAUCGCCGUCACCAUCGACUCAUUCGUUGGAAGUCAGAAAGUCAGUUGUAAGAAAGCUCUUGCACGUGCAUUCGCCAAAUACACCUUGGCUAGACCAGGCGCUGGGAAGAAGACUGGAACGGGACGAAACUUGGAGCGUGGACAGAGGGUGCCUACUGCUGCAAUGGCUUAG